AUGGACGUAGACCCGAUCAACAGCGUGCAGUUUUCCAACCACACGGGCUACGAGCGGGUCACCGGGCGCCGUCUCACAGGCGAAGAGCUCCACGAUCUUCUCGACGGCUUAGCGGCCAACAACCUGCUCCAAGACGCACAUACGCACCUGCUCACGGGCUACGUGGGCUCUGUCUCGCUGCUGCUUGCGAUUGUGCGCGUAUACGAGCGUCUACAAGCUGCUCAAACAGACGCCGAGCGUCUUGUAUACGUAUGCGACCCCGUGUUGGGCGAUCGGGGCCGGCUGUAUGUACCGAUAGAAAUGGUGAACUUGUACCGGUCAAAGGUCCUGCCGAUCUGCGACGUGUUGACACCGAACCAGUAUGAGAGCGAAGUGUUAGCAGACAUGGAGCUUCGGACCGUCGCUGACGCCAUGCGAGCGUGCAAGAAGCUGCACACAAUGGGGCCAAAAGUCGUGGUCAUCAGCAGUUUCCAGGAAGCAGUAGCGGCCGAGACACCGCCGAGGGAGUUUGUGGUCAUUGGCAGCAAGAUCCGCUUUAGCAGAACCAGUGACGCGGCACUGUACUGUGAGCAAUACGAAGUGCGGUUUCCGUGGAUUGACAGCUACUACACUGGCACUGGUGACUUGUUCGCCGCACUGUUACUAGCGUGGCUCUAUCGCUUUCCCGACGACUUUAAGCGAGCACUGGAGCACGUGAUUUCGACAGUUCAAGACGUGCUGUGUAUCACCCUCGAUCGUGGCGGAAAGAACUGCGAGUUGAAGCUCAUCCAGAGUCGUCACGUGAUUGCUGAUCCGGUGGUGCGAUUCGUUGCCAUGCCGCUGUCGGUACCGAUCCUGUUUGUGCUCGUGGAUAUGGACGUGCUCCUCGGAACAACUAGCGACGAUGACAAGGUUGUGGACGUACCAGUCGGUACUGCGAUUCAGCGCCAGGAGCUGCUAGAGGCGUUGACGCUUCUUGUAGGUGCCGAUAACGUCAGCAUCGUCACGAGCUACAGCGUGUUAUCGACGCAGGCGCUGCUUGGCGCGACGUUCAAUGUGGUGCCGUCGGCACUUUUCUUGGACAGCCGAAUCGAAACACGUCAUUGCGAGACUGUAGUGGUAUCGAAUUCGGUUUCUCUCAUGGACCUGGCGACUCGCGCUAUGUACCAGGUGGCGCCUUCUACAGCAUCUGACGAAGCAGUGACGAGCUACAUCACGGAACACAACAGUCAGUGUCGGAUUGCAUGA